AAACAGGGAACCAUACCAUUGUCCGUUGUUUUGUUUCCCACACAGGUGUUUUGUGUUGUUUCUUUUGUUGUUUUUCUUAUCAACACCAUUGUGAUAAAGUUUGUCACAGUAGGGGUCACUUAUAAAAGUUUUACGAAGAAGGUAACACGUUAUUAGAUUUAGAGCAGAUCACAAUAAGGCUUCGUCAUGAAUGUGUUAACGUUGAUGUGUUUUGUUGCUUCGGUUCUUGCCGUCACGUUGGCACUGCCACCACCAUCGCGAACAUUUGCCCAAGAAUACAUCGUACAGCAGAUGCAGAAGAUCAGUGUUACGGGAAAGAGUAAACUUGGCCUGUAUAGUUUCAGUUUCACUGAUUGCAGUGCACCAUCGGCUCCAUUAAAGGGAAACGUGACUCUCUCCCCAACCAGCCCUGUAACCCUACCUGGAAAACUCACCGUCUCUUUCAAUGCUUCAUUCGGAGUCACCUUGAAAACACCGUUGAAACUUGUGCUCAAGAUUGAAAAGAAGGAAUUCAUCUGGAUUGAUAUUCCAUGUGUGGAUAAUAUCGGAUCCUGCACCUAUGAUGAUAUUUGCUCGAUGAUCCCACCCACCCCGAGCUCAGGAUGUCCCCCUCCAUUGAAGGCUGCUGGAUUGCCUUGUGCAUGUCCAUUCCAACAGGGGAAGUACAGCUUGAAGCCCACAGUGCUGGAAAUAGCGUCCCUUCCUUCAGGCAUUCCAGAUUUCCUGGCCGACGGAGACUUCAAAGUGAACGCAAAACUGUUUGAUGGUAACAACGAGCUUGGCUGUGUCGAUCUGGCCUUCACGCUGAAACUGAACAACUAGUAUGCGUCCACGUGCUUGUGAUCAAGGUGAUUAGAGUAAACAGAGCAAUUAUGCGGGUUGGAGGGGGGGGGGGGGUUGAUGUAGUUGGAUGAACACUGAUAUGGCCUUAGAUGUCAAAAGUUUAUCCAAGAUCUUUAUCUUUCAUAUCUAGAAAAAAACAAUAAAGUGGGGCCAAUGUGAGACUUUUGCGGGCAAUAGGUGGCAGCAGACGUGCUUGGUAAACCAAGGUUUUUGCAACAAGUGUGUUCUCAGAACUAUAAGCACAUACACAAUAGAAUUGUUUGGUUAUUCAAAGCCACCUUGUGUAACAAACGAUACCCCCAACCCCCUUGCAGAACAAAAA